AAAUUACCGUCUCACGUCAUCUCAUACAAUUGCCUUAUUAAAGGAGAUAAACUUUUAGAAUGAGCGUCUCCUUCGAAGAACAGCACUUUUGAUAAAACGUAUUUUCGACGAUAGUGAAUCACAAUAUCCUCGUGAACAAUGGACAACUCUCCACUGCAAAAAGUGGAGCUGCAAACAGACGUCUAUAUGGUCUGUCUGCAGCAUGCUUUAUCCACGGAGAACUUUGAAGUGAUGGGCUUACUUAUCGGUAAUUUUGCUUGUGGAGUAGCAAAAAUAUCAGCUGUUAUUAUUUUGCGACGUCUAGAUAAGAAGAAAGACAGAGUAGAGAUAUCAUCGGAGCAAUUACUGAAAGCCGCUGCCGAAGCCGAACGAUUAACCGCAGAAUUAAAACGACCUAUGCGCGUCCUUGGCUGGUAUCAUUCUCAUCCACAUAUUACAGUUUGCCCAUCACACGUUGAUGUCAGAACUCAAGCUACUUACCAAACAAUGGAUCACAGCUUUGUUGGCUUAAUAUUCUCAGUAUUUUCAGAGGGCAAAGAAUCAAAAGAACACGAGAUCUUCUUAAAUUGUUUUCAAUCAGACAAUGGUGAAGCUACAGAGAUACCAUUAGAGAUAGUACAUACUCCAGACAUUUCAGACAGAUGUUUAAGGACAAUGACAGAUCUGUCAAAAAUUUUGGUACAAGAAGAAGAAGAUAUGGCUGAAGCCUGUAAAGAUCAUCCAGAUGUCCUCGCCAGUAUUCACAAUGACGCUGUCAGGACACGUGCGUUGGUUCAUAUAACAGAUAUCAUUACAAAGCCUUUGGUACAAACGUUUGAAAAAAGAAUAGCGUUAAAUAAAUUACGUACCAUACAUCUCCGAAGACAACUACAAGAAUUACAAAAAAUGUGCAACGGAUAAAAAACAUUUACAGAGUCAAUAAUGGUAAAUGAAUAAUUCAUUUUCCCUUAAAUGAUAAAGCUCUUACGUAAUAAAAAUAAGGUUUUAGAUGAAAAAUAAAUAUUUCAUUACUGAAUUAAAA